AUGGCAGAGGAGGUCUAUCUCUUCCACCCCCGCAAUGGCAAGAUCACCGGGGGUUGGGUUGGAUCUGGUUGGGGUGGUUUGCGCCUGACUGGGCUGGGGUGGGCCUGGCUGGGGUGGGCCUGGCUGGGGUGGGCCUGGCUGGGGUGGGCCUGGAGCCGAGCCUUGCCUGGUAUCUCAUUGCCUCUCUGCCCUCAGCACCUCACCUGGUCUCUCCUGAUGGUAUCAGUCCUCACCUCCUUCGGCUCAUCCAUGCUGUAUGGCUACAACCUGGCUGUGGUCAAUUCCCCGGCAGAGUACAUCAAAGAUUUCUACAACGACACCUUCCUGAGCCGCUAUAACCAGACACUGAGCGAGAGCCACCUGGUGGUGCUGUACUCUGCCACCGUCUCUGUCUUUGCGGUGGGAGGGCUCCUGGGCUCGCUGCUGGUCGGGCUGCUCGUGACCAGGUUUGGACAGAAGGGCACUUUGGUUGGCAGCACCUUCCUGGUCUUUGUGGCCGGCCUGCUGAUGGGCUUCAGCCGCGUCCUCAGCUCCCCCGAGAUGGUCGUUUCCGGUCGCUUCAUGACAGGCGUUCACUCAGGCAUCUCUCUCAGCGUGGUGCCCAUGUAUCUCGGGGAAAUUGCCCCAAAGAACCUGCGUGGGUUCCUGGGGCUGAUCCCCAGUAUUUUCAUCUGUCUGGGAGUGUUUGCAGCCCAGGUGCUGGGGCUCAGGCAGCUAAUGGGGAAGGAGGAGGAUUGGCCUCUCUUCCUGUCGCUGGUGAUGAUCCCAGCGCUGGUGGAGCUCCUCUUCCUGCCCUGGUUCCCGGAGAGUCCCCGGUACCUGCUCAUCCAGAAAGAGGACGUGACGUCAGCGGUGAAAGCGUUGGGCCGGUACAGGAAUGCCAACUGUUGUAAUCUGCAGGCGGAGGUGGAGGAGAUGCAGCAGGAACAGCAGUCACUGGCCUCACUGGACAGUGUGUCCGUCUGCCGUCUCUUUGCUGACCGCUCCGUCCGCUGGCAGCUGAUCUCUGUCAUCGUGGUCAGCACCGGCAUGCAGCUGUCAGGCAUCGACGCUAUCUGGUAUUACACCAACACCAUAUUUGAGAACGCUGGCAUCGCGCGCCCGUCCAUACAGUACACGACCGUGGGCACCGGGGCCAUCGAGGUGCUGGCUGGGCUGAUUGGGGGUCUGACCAUUGAGAAGUUGGGGAGACGACCUCUGCUGAUCGGAGGAUUCAGUUUCAUGGGGCUGUGCUCUGCCGGCAUCACUGUCUCCCUGCUCUUCCAGGCACCGUGGAUCCGCUAUGCCAGUGUGGCCUGUGUAGUCGGCAUCAUCGCUGGAUUCUGCAUUGGCCCAGCGGGAGUGCCUUUCCUGAUGACCGCAGAGCUGUUUAAGCAGUCGCACCGUCCGGCCGCCUACAUCGUGGGAGGUUCCCUCAACUGGCUCUCCAACUUCACCGUGGGCUUCCUCUUCCCCUUCCUGCAGAGGUCCGCGGGUGCCUACUGUUAUCUGGUGUUCUCGGUGAUCUGUUGUCUCGUCGCCGCCUUCGCCCACUUCAUCAUCCCCGAGACCAGGAACAAGACCUUCAUGGAGAUCAGUCAGAUGUUCUCGGGGAGGCCCACCGCGGAGGGACAGCCACAGGUGCGGCUCAGGACGUUUAAAGGCUAUGGCACGUUGGCCAACAGCAACCCGGACUUUGACAGCUCGCAAUCAUACCAAGAGUGACCAUGGGGAGGCGCCACUCUGACCCCUCGCGCUGACCCUGGGUUUACCCUUCACAUUCAUUCAAGUCCAUUAAAAUCUCUCAUUUUCUAAA